UCCCUCUUUCUUUUCUAACCUUCUGCUGGCAUCAAGUCGAACGUAUUUUCAUAAACAUGGCUUUGGUUCCGAUGUCGUCUGCUGUUGAAAGAACGUUGUUUAUAGGACCGCGAAUACCUAAUCAUGUCAAAUCUUUACCAAAAUAUCUUUCAACAAUAAAAAGGCCAGUGUUUCGUCAACUUGUUAAAUUUGCUGUGUUAGAUUUUGAAGGAAAAAAUAUUAGUCAUGAAAUGUAUCAAUCACUAAAGAAGACUGUUGAUAACAGUAAUAUCGAUACUGCAUAUGGUGCUUUGUAUACACUACUGAAGUGUGCAUUAAGUUUGCCUGAAUCAUCUUUAAAGCAAGAGGUUUUUAGAGAUGAUCUUCGUGAGCUUAAAAUUCCUGAAGAUUAUAUUGAUGAUCUAGCAAGUGUAGUUUAUGGGCCAAGGCGUUGUGAUAUUCUGGUUAACUCUUGCAUCAGUGCACCUCAUAUACCAAAUUUAAAGCGAUUUCGGUGGAGAGUGGAUGUUGCUAUAUCAACAAGUACACUUAAUAGAGUCCUAGAACCUGCUAUUGUUAUGGAGAUAGAACUAAGUGAUGGUAGAAAAGAAACAUUUGAGGUCCAUCCUACACAAUUUCAUCGCUUAAGAUUUGCAGUUGCUACUCUCCUAAAAGAAAUGGAAAACUUAGAAAUGAGAAAUGUUCUCAAACUUUGAAAACGUUCCUGAUUUAGUGUCAGCUUACUGUAGAUAAAAGUUAUAAUGAACUAAGACAAAAGAGAGGAAAAAAAAAGAGACUAAUUUAAAAUGCACUUUUGUAUGAAUAAAAGUAACUAUCAUUUA